AUGAUUCUGCCAACUGUUACCCGAAAUCCAUUUAUGUGCUGGGAUGAUUGGAGUGAUUUCACGCUUUGUAGCGUUACAUGCGGUAAAGGUGUGCAGCAGCGAUUUCGACGUUGUCUCCUGGAUAAUCCAAUGAUGAACUUAAACAUGAAUAUGAAUUUAAACGCAGUUGUUGAUGAUGAUGAUGACGACGAUGUUGUUAUUGAUGGUGAUGUUGAAGCUGAUGAAGUGGCCCGUGAUGCUUAUGCUACACAAAAUGGUAUUAUCAAUGAAAUGGAGACAGAAAUUGACUUUACGCAAAUGGAAAGUGACAAAAGUGUUGUCAAUGUGCCGACAACAAAAGAUGCACAAACUGAUAUUGAAAUUAUAGCAGCAAACGAUGCUGACAGCAGCAAUACUUUGCAGCUGCAUGGCAUGAAGGAAAUUAAAAUUGUUCCCACUAUUAAUGCAAUUGAUAACAUGAGUGAUGUCGCUUUGUUGUCACAACAGCAGACGUACCGAAGUACAACGAAUAACAGCAACAAUAAUUCUCCAGUUGCUGUGAGUGAUGUUAAUAAUGAAGAUACUGAACAUAAUAUGCUGUAUGUUGUUGCAAAUAAGUUAAAUGAGUUUAAUGAAAACUUACAAUACGCAAAUUCAAAAACUUUGACCACAUCAGCGAAAAAUAUUAAUAAAAAAAAUCAAUUGCAAGGAAAAAAAUCUGAGAAAGACUUUCAGAAGCCAUCCAAGAAGCACCGCAGCAGAAAGUCAACAAAAACUUUCUCGACUUUAUUCUGCGAAGGUUACAAUAUCGAACAACGGAAUUGCAACACUUUUGAAUGCCGUGAUGACAUAAACGACUUAUUAAAAUUUUAUAAAAAGUUUCCAAUGUUCGAUGACAUAAGCGCUGCGACAAUGCCAUUGGCAACUGAUAUCAAUACAUCCACAACAAUUGCUGCAGCUUCAAUUGGAGCAGCUGCAAUGUCUACCGAUGCAGUUGUAGCGACAGCAACAACAACCUCGAGCAUUGGCUUCGGUACUAUUAAUGCUGCUGUUAGUUUAAAUGCCAUGCCGUCAUCAACACCUUCCAAUAUGGGAUAUGUCAAGAGUUGGCACAAUGCAUUAAAUUUCACGCUCAUGACCACACUAAGGGCUAAGAACGACAGCAAGACCACAGCAACAAUUUUUUCCAUACGCAACACAACACACAAUUUAUACUUGGAGUCGUGCAAGGACGGUUUGCGUCUAUAUUUGGAACGUGAUAACACCACCGAAAUGCUACCUGUGAAAUUCAAUUUAUACGAUUAUCGCUGGCAUCAAGUAGCCAUCAGCAUACAAAAUGGAGAUUUUAUUUCAGUUUUCGUCGACUGCUCCUGGACAAAUAGUUUUAUUGUUUCGAAACGUUUAUUCUCGCUGCCUUUGGAUGCGGAUGUGGAAAUUGGACGCGGAUUUAAUGGUGAAUUGCAGCAACUACUUGUCUUACCGGAUAAUCAGGAACGGCAUCAGUGCUCGAACAAGCGCACUUCAAUUAAUGAAGUAAAGCGGUAUAUUAUCGAUACAUUUAUCGAUGAUUAUGGCAAUUAAAUACUGCAAAUAUUUAUACUAUUUAAUUAUUUACAAGUAGGAAUGUAUAAAAUAUAUACUUAU